CACACAAGUUAACAUGCUCUGAAGGAACUAUUCAUUAUUUGACAAAAAAAAUUUUAAGAAAAUAUUAAGAACAAGAGCAAAACGUGCAACGCUAAACCGGCAUCCAUCCCUCGUCACGUAUUUGCGAAUUCUCCCCGUCUUCCCAUUGCUCGAUUCUGCUCGUCUGAUUUCGGCGGUAGUGUUUAUCACGGAUUGGAUUGGACUUGGCCUGCACCACACAUCUACUUAAAAAUGGAGGGAGCUAUACUGAAAAUAAUUGAUGGACUUCUGUGCACUGACACUGACAGGAUUCAGCAGGCGACUGCCGAGUUAAAAAAGGCCUACGAUAAUCCUGAGACUGUGCUAUGUCUUACGAAGAUUGCGAUAUCGCACGAGGAGCUCCAGAUGCGCCAGUUCGCAGCCGUGCUUCUCAACAGCCGGCUCAAAAAGCUGCGCCACUGGCAAAUGGUUUCCGCCGAACAUCAGGCAGCCAUUAAAUCGAGCAUUCUGCAGGUCCUCGUCACGGAGAAGGAGAAGAAAGUAAAGAACUCGGUGGCCCAGCUAAUGGGUACCUUAGUGCGCCACGAGGCGGAGAAGGGGGACAGCUGGAUGGGUGAACUCCUCAAGUUUAUCUACGAACGCAGCAGCAGUCCCAAUCCGGAGGAGAGUGAGCUAGGCUCGUCGAUCUUCUCCAAGCUGACGGACGCCGCUCCCGACCAGUUUGCCCUUCACAUGGAGAGUAUCUUUCAGUUGUUUACCACUGUUUUGUCAACCGCCGAAGCCUCAGGGAACCUGGCGACUCAAACCGUGUUAAAUAUGCUGAUCGGCACAUGCUAUCUGCUCCCGUUCGUUAGUGGCCACAGUGCCGCCGAGCAGACGGUGGUCAAGGCGGUGCCCUUGAUUAUCAAGGCCCUGCACGCCUUCGCCCUAAAGGGGGAUGUUCAUGAGUUUAUGUGUGCUUUUGAUAUUGUGGACAGCAUGGCCGAGUAUGUUCCCCAUUUGCUAACAAGCAAUGUGAAGCAGCUGUUGGAGUUUACCCUGGUCACGGCGAGUAAUAACCAGCUCGAGGAUUCGAUUCGCGUCCAGGCGAUAACCUUCGUAGGCUGCCUUGCGCGCAUCAAGAAGAAGGUGAUCAUGAAACAGAAGCUUCUGGAGCCCACUCUAACCGUUAUAUUCCAAGUCAUGUGCCAGGACACCAGUGAAGGCGACGAUUACUUUACGGGGGAGAGUCCCAACAGCCCAUCGUGCGCGGCCACACAGACCCUGGACUUAAUGGCCAUUCACAUGUCGCCGGAGAAGUUCAUUCCGCCGCUUUUGCAGUUGCUCGAGCCGGCGUUACAGAAUCCUGAUCCUAUAUGCCGACGAUCCUCUUUCAUUUGCAUGGGUGUCAUCGCCGAGGGCUGCUCCGAGGCCAUUACCCACAAGUAUCUGGAGGUCAUGCUGAACAUCAUCAAAGCAGGAAUUGCUGAUUCCACGAUGUCGGUGCGGGUCGCCGCCUUUUUCGCCCUCGGUCAGUUUGCCGAAUUUCUGCAGCCAGACAUUUGCAAGUUUGCUUCCCAGAUUCUGCCCGUGUUAUUUGACUAUCUAAACCAGCUGGUAGUGGAACUCAAGAUGGGUCAGCCGGAACCGAAGCACAUGGAACGUAUGUUCUAUGCUUUGGAGACCUUCUGCGAACAUCUGGAUGACGACAUUGUUCAACAUUUGCCCGUGCUGAUGAAUUGUCUUUUUGAGGUUCUAGACUCCCAGAAUUCAAUCCACAUACGAGAGUUAGCUUUGUCGAGUAUUGCCUCGGCUUCCAGCUCCGCAAAGAUGCACAUGAUGCCGUUUUUCCCCAGGAUUAUGACUAUACUGCAGGCCUAUCUUGUAAAGGAUUGCCCUGAGGAAAUGAACAACCUGCGCAUCCAGGCCAUCGACACACUAGCCGCGCUCAUUAGCGAAGUGGGCAAGGAGAACUCCUUGCCGCUGGCCGAUGACACGAUGAACUACUGCCUGAUGAUGCUGGAAGACGGCCCUGAUGAUCCGGACUUUCGAAGGUCCAUAUACAAUCUGAUGGGCUCCCUGUCCUCAGUGGUCAAUGAGAGCAUGGCCAAUGUGUUCCCCAAUAUUAUGGAUCGCAUAUUAGAGUCUGUGAUCUCCUCGGAGGACGUGCUUCCGAAAGUUCCGGAAGACGUCGAAAAGGACUUGAUUCUGGAGGCGGCCAAUGUUGAAAUUGAUUUGGAGCACACGGAUGACGAAGACGACUCUGAGGACCUAGACGGAUUCCAAGUGGAGAACGACUAUGUCGACGAGAAGGAGGAGGCUAUAUUAGCACUCAAGGAUUUUGCUGAUCACACUGGCGUCGCCUUCGCGCCCUAUAUUCAAUCUGCUUUCGAGAACGUUUACAAGGUUAUUGAUCAUCCGCAGGAAGAUAUCCGCAAAGCGUGCGUUGUUGCUAUCUGCGGGUUCAUUAUCGCUCUUAACAAGAUGGGCAAUAAAGAGGGCGUGACGCGUGCCUGCGAGAUUGCGAUCCCGAAGUUUGCACAUAUUAUACGCACUGAUGAGGAUAUGAAUGUGGUUAUCCGUCUCCUGGAGGAGCUUGCCUAUCUCUUCAAUGACGUUAAGCUGGCGGCCAUAACUAAUCAGGAAAACGCCGAUCUGAUCUUCGGUUGCAUAAAGGACGUUUUCGCAAACAAAAUGGGCUGUCAAUUCAACGAGCAGAGUGGGGGUGGAGAUGAGGACGAUCAGGAGGAGAGCCAGUGCGACGUGUCGCUGAUCGAGAACGCUGCCAACUUGCUGCCCAUGUUUGGCCAUACGCUCAAGCCGGAGAUUUUCUCGCUAUAUUUUGGACGCAUUUACCAAUUCUUAGUCCAAAAACUGGCUAAAGCCAAAAAACAAGAUGAGGCGGAGCACCGAGCAUAUAUCUAUGGCUCUCUGGCGGACUGUUUCCAGUGUCUACGCAAAUGUUCAGUCACCUAUUUUGACGCGUUGUGCCCCCUGUUCAUCACCGGGACCAAGGACUCCGAUCCCAAGUCGCGACAGAACUCAUUUUACGGACUGGGAGAGCUUGUCUUUUUUGCCGAGGAAAAAUCUUUCCAAUCAUAUCCGGCAAUCCUACAAGCACUUUCUGAGGCCAUCGCCAGGGAGUCGAAUGCCUCCGCAAUGGACAACAUUUGCGGAGCAGUGGCGCGUCUAAUAGUCACUAACCAUGAGGCGGUGCCACUGGGCCAUGUGCUGCCAGUGUUCCUUAACCAUUUGCCGCUAAAAGAGGACGUCGUGGAGAAUAAAAUGAUUCAGAAAGCGUUCCACGUGCUCUACUUGCACGCUCGCCCCAGUAUUGACGCCUAUAUCGAGCAGAUGUUGAUCAUCACUAUUGAAGCGUCUUACAAGAAACAGAUGCCGGACGACGAAACCACCGAGAGCGCGGUGGCAUUCAUUAAGGAGAUUCGCGAACAUUACCCUGACAAGUUUAACACAGUGUCUAAUUCGAAUCCGGAGGUGUUCAACUAUGUGCACACCCUGUAAGCACUCACAUCGCCGCCAAUACCAAACAGAACAGCACACGGCACACAUCUCCAGCUAACCUAAUUAAUUUACGUCCUUCGCCUGCAGCUUCUGGUUUUGGAAUAUGCAAUUGGGCCGAAGAAGCUUUGGUUAUGAAUAGGUUUGGAUAUGGUAAAAAUUUAAGUUAUUAAUUAUGCGUUAGUAUGCUUUGUGGCGUUAAAACAUUGAGGAAAAGUGAUCUUUAAAAUUUCAAGUUGAAGUUCUUUCUACCAAUCCGUAAAGCAGCGGAAACAUAUUUUCUAAUUUAUAGAAACAUCCAGUGACACAUGAAUAUGUAUGAAUAGUCUAAAAUAAAUAAAACAAUAAAGAGUAA